UGCGAGCCCAAGGCAAACACGAGGAAGUAGCGAGUGACGCCCAACUUCUCUCGGCCAAUCAGGUGCUCCACAUCCUGCUGUCAGUUAAAUGAGGCAAAGUCGACGAUCGAGAUGGAAGUGAACCGCUUGGACUUCUACAUCGGUCUCUCUCUGGCUGUGAGCUCCAGUGUUUUUAUCGGAUCAAGUUUCAUCCUGAAAAAGAAAGGACUGCUGCGAUUAGCCAGCAAGGGCUCAACACGAGCAGGUCAAGGUGGCUACGCAUAUCUGAAAGAAUGGCUGUGGUGGGCGGGGCUCAUUUCAAUGGGAGCAGGAGAGGCCGCCAACUUUGCUGCAUAUGCAUUUGCACCAGCCACGCUGGUGACCCCCCUCGGAGCACUCAGUGUCCUUGUCAGUGCUGUGCUCUCCUCAUACUUUCUGAACGAGCGGCUGAACGUUCAUGGGAAGAUUGGUUGCCUGCUUUGCAUCCUGGGCUCCACGGUCAUGGUGAUCCAUGCACCACAGGAAGAGGAAGUCGCCUCUCUCAGCGCCAUGGCUGAGAAACUGAAAGACCCAGGUUUCAUUGUGUUUGCCGUGUGUGUUGUCGGAAGCAGCCUCGUCCUGAUCUUUGCUGUGGCUCCUCGCUUCGGACAGAGGAACGUUCUAGUCUACAUCAUGAUCUGCUCUGUGAUUGGCUCCCUUUCAGUCUCUUGUGUCAAGGGUCUCGGCAUUGGCAUCAAGGAGCUGCUUUCAGGGACAGCAGUGCUGAAGCACCCCCUGUUCUGGGCCUUGCUCAUCUGCCUGGCGAUCUGCGUCAGUAUUCAGAUCAGCUACCUGAACAAAGCUCUGGACAUCUACAACACCUCCAUCGUCACUCCGAUUUACUACGUCUUCUUCACCACGUCUGUCAUGGCCUGCUCAGCCAUCCUGUUCAAGGAAUGGUUAAGAAUGACCGUCGAUGGUAUAGUGGGGACAAUCAGCGGCUUCCUCACCAUCAUUUUGGGGAUUUUCCUCCUCCAUGCCUUUAAAGACAUUACAUUUAACCUGGACUCCCUCCCUUUAUACCUGAGAAGAAGCCCUCAUUGGUUCCCAGGAGGCCAACAAUCUUAUGUGGCUCUUCCUGAGGAUGAUAUGCAAGCAGAUGAGAGAAAUUCAGCCAGAGGUGGCGAGCAAAAGAGGGAGCCUCCUAAAUAAAAGGGACCAUCAACGUUAUCUAUAACACACUUCUCAAAGUUUAAUGAACUUUAAAACUUGUAGCUGCUUACUAAAUCUGAAUUUUAGGUCCAUUUCAAACAAAGCAUGAUGCACUGGACGACCAAAGUUGCCUUUCUUUUACCUUAGAAAUGUUUUUGCCUUAAUGGACGUCAUUUAGAUCUUAUACUCUUAGCUGGACCCGAUGAUACAGAUGUAUUUUUUCAUGGUAUAAAAUGAAACGGGAACAAAUAUUUGUCAUAAUUUAUGAUUUCAAUGUGUGUUGAACUUUUACAUUUAGUCUUUGUUCCUUUACUGAAAGCUUUAACUUGUUCAUAGUUUAGCACUUUUACUUUAGAAAAGUAAUGGACUAAUUAGCAAAUGUUAAGGCAAUUUGCCCUUAAAAAUGACAUUGAUGAGCUACAAUAUUACCUCAGUAUUAUACUCAAAAUCUGAACCAAAGAACGUCAUUUGUCAGAAUGUGGUAAGCUGUAAUGUAUAUUUAAUAUUGUGAUGUUUCAUUGAAGAAUAAGAGCACUUGUAAUGGACAUAAAAAGUCUGCACAUCUCUGUUAAAAGGCCGGGCUUUGUGAUGGAAAAAUUAAAAGAAAUCUUUUCAAA